AUGACCACUCUACUAGAACCUCCUGGUAUUGCAUUCCGCCCUUUAAGUCCUCCUCCUCGGCGCUACACAACACAUUCCACCUCACCUCAACCUCAUUCCCGUGAAACUACAGAUAAAUUCAAGUUGCCCGUGGUGACACAAACAGCGCAUGGGAAAUCCCAGAUUUCAGCCCCGGCUGCAUCGCUCUCCCAAUAUGAGACAGAGAACUACUUGGAUGCAGAAUAUAUGAUCGAGGAGUCAGCUUCUGAUGAGGGCUUGACAGAUACAGAGUCCAUCACGGACACUGAUGACGACCAAACUGAAGGUAACUUCUAUGUGAUUCGGGUUGGCCAUCGUCCGGCUCACAACAAAUCCCCGUUUAGGAUGGAAGCUGCCCGGCAGAUUGUCAACUUCCCAGGGGCUAUAUUCAAAUCAUAUCAUACCAAGCGCGAGGCAAAGCUUUGUUCUUUUUCACCGGCAUAUGAGUCCCAAGGCCUAAUUAUUGAAGAUGAAAAACAGACGGUAACGUGGAACGCACCUGUCUGCCGGCAAUAUUUCCAAUGCGCGCUGGCACGUAUACAAGCAGAAAAGGAGUCCCUGGAUGCCACUGCCGAUGGUGAAGAAUGUCCCAUCUGUAUGGAUACAUUCACCGAAGCACGUAUAACGGCAUGUGGUCAUACCUUUUGUCGCGAGUGUGUUGCCAGCGUCCUUAAUACUCCCUUUGUCCAAGACGCACAGGACCCUCGUAAAUACCGUAGUAAUGAGAUGCCUUGUCCUAGCUGUCGCGCUCCCAUUUCUGCAGAUGUUAUUUUCAUCCGCGAAGCAUUCGAACCCACUGAUACUGAGUUGUCGGGAGAUGUAUUGGCGUCUUCCGAUGAUGAAAUGCCCGAGAUCUCUGAGAUGAUACUUCAGGGAUCGAAAGGCAAAGGCAGGGCUAGGCGCAUCCGUAAAAAGUGUGCUGUGUGCGACUCGGAUGAUGAAUCAGAAGAUGAUGACGACGACGACAUGAGUGAUUUCAUUGUCGAGGAUGGCGAGGAUGAAGAAGAGAAGGAUGCCAGGCGCAACAUCAAGAAACGUCUGAGAACGCGCCGCGCAAUAGUCGUCGAGUCUGAUGAUGAACUUGACGCAGACGAGAGAGACGUGGUCAUAGGCAGAAACCCUAGGCAGGUGCCUGCUUCCACUGGUGAAGUUAGAAUGAUGUCGCGUUUCCUUCCUUCUACAAAGAUGAAUCACAUGAUAGAACAUCUAGAGAAAUGGGCUAAGCAAUAUCCCGGAGACAAGACCAUAAUCAUAUCGCAGUGGACCGAAUGUCUCAAACUCGUCUCCGACUUCCUUGUGGAGAAGAAAGUACCCCAUGUCAAGUAUCAAGGGUCGAUGAGUCGCAGUCAAAGGGAUCAGGCUGUCCGAGUCUUCAUGACGGGCAAUACUGCACAGGUCAUGCUUAUGUCUUUGAAAUGUGGAGGUGUUGGGUUGAAUCUGAUAUUUGACUCCCCCACAGGCGUCAUUUCACUGGAUCUUGGCUGGAGCGAAGCGAUCGAAAGCCAGGCGUUUGACCGAGUCCACCGUCUAGGUCAACAGAAAGAUGUCUUCGUGCACAGGUUGGUCAUUGCCAAUACUGUCGAGGAUCGUGUUCUUGCUCUUCAGGAGCGCAAGCUUCAGCGAAACCUUGCGGAUGGCAGCCUUGGUGAAGGCUCUGGAAAGAAGAUUGGCCGGAUGAGUGUCCGUGAACUAGCAAAUUUGUUUGGUCUCGACCACCGAGGCAACCUUCUUUGA